AGACAAAAGAACAAAAAAGAAGAAGAGCAAAACCUAAAUAAAUUUCACGACCAUGCCGCCGCCGAAUAUGAGAUCGAUCUUUGCUAAGGUACAUCAGACGUCGAAAUCAGUUGUGUCUCGCCGCAAUUUCUCUUCACCCGCCGCAGGUGACGGCAAAGAGCCAAAGGAAAAAUCUAGCGUGGGUUCAGUGGUAGCUCGAACCCUCCUCCUAGGUGCUAUGGGAUAUGUCAGUGGUACUUACGUUGGUACUUACCUUGAAACUUACGUUGGUACUGAAGAAGAAGGCAAAGCACUGAAGGAGAAUUUGGAGAAGUUGACCUCACUGAAGGAGACUUUGGAGAAGAUGACCGAAGAGUUCAAGGAGAUAGAAAACAGAGUAUCCAAGCUCGAAGAUCACUUAGAAAUACUUAAAGGAAUCUGAUUGUUUAGAUGAUGUUUAGAUGAACAGUUGACUGAAGCUCUCUCGUUAGUUUCAAGUUUCAAUGUGAGUAGAGUUUUAUCUCUUAGUUUUAAGAAAUUAGCUUGAUAUUAAUUUUGUAAGGAUUCUAAAUGCAAAUGGCUAAAGAUUUUAA